AUGACGACCCUCCCUGAAUCCCUCUACGACCCGCGGACGCUCCCGCUCUCGUCCAUCAAAAUCCCCCCGGCCGAGGACCCGCUCCUCGCGUUCUUCACCAACCUCAUCAUGCGCCACGGCAAGCGGCAGGACGCGGCGCGCGUCGUCGCCAAGACCCUCGUCCACCUCCACGCCUUCACGCACGCCCCGCCGCUGCCGAUCCUCCGCCAGGCGGUCGCGCUCGCGGCGCCGCUCGUGAGCAGCUACGAGAUCCGCCGCGCGGGCAAGUCGUACGUCUUCCCCCGCGCGCUGUCCGAGCGCCAGCGCACGGCCCGCGCCCUCAAGACGAUCAUCAAGGCGAGCGAGCGCAGGGGCGGGCAGCACGCGCCGGAGCGGCUCGCGCGGGAGGUGCUCGCGGUGAUCAAGGGGGACAGCUCGGUGCUGCAGGUGAAGGAGCAGGCGCACAAGUUCGCGGUGCUGCACAGAGCGAGCGUGCUCAGCCCACCGAAAGUGCCGAAGUCGUUCAAGGUUUAG